UGUGAGGUAUAUAUUUUGCAUUUUUAGAGGAAUUUCGGUGUUGUUUUACAUGAAAAUACUCACAAACUAAAGUGAUAAGUGUCCCGAGUGCCAAUAUGAUGAAGUUUCUGGGAAAUACGCUCUGUUCAUUCAAACGAAAGCAGCCGACUGGAUAGGAAAUAAAACACGACAUGGCUCAGGAAAAGAUCACCCUGGCCGAUGCGCUUUCUAACGUAGAAGUGCUGGACGAGCUGCCUUUACCCGAUGAACAGCCGUGUAUUGAAGCGCAACCCUGUUCGGUGGUGUAUCAGGCUAAUUUUGAUACAAAUUUUGAGGAUCGGAAUGGGUUCGUCACGGGAAUUGCGAAGUAUAUCGAGGAAGCGACUACACAUGCUAAUUUGAAUCAAUUAUUGGACGAGGGUCAGAAGCACGCAGUUAUGUUGUACACUUGGCGUUGUUGUUCCCGGGCAAUCCCUCAGCCAAAAUCUAACGAGCAACCUAAUCGAGUGGAAAUUUACGAGAAAACGGUUGAAGUGCUAGCACCGGAGGUGAAUAAAUUGCUAAAUUUUAUGUACUUUCAACGCAAAGCUAUUGAAGCUUUCUCCGGCGAGGUGAAGCGUUUAUGUCACGCCGAAAAGCGGAAAGAUUUUGUGUCGGAGGCUUAUCUGUUGACGUUGGGUAAAUUCAUUAACAUGUUUGCGGUGUUGGACGAGUUAAAGAACAUGAAAUCGAGUGUGAAGAACGACUACAGUACCUAUAGACGAGCGGCCCAGUUUCUGAAAGUGAUGAGUGAUUCACAUACACUACAGGAGUCGCAGAAUUUAUCGAUGUUCUUGGCUACGCAGAAUAAAAUACGUGACACGGUUAAGGAUACGCUGGAGAAGAUUGCGGGUUAUGAGGAUUUGCUCUCGGACGUGGUCAAUAUUUGCGUUCACAUGUACGAAUCGAAAAUGUACAUGACUCCGGAGGAGAAGCACAUGCUGGUCAAGGUUAUGGGCUUCGGACUGUUUCUGAUGGAUUCGGAAAUAUGCAACAUCAAUAAACUUGAUCAGAAGAAGAAGCUACGCCUGGAUAGGAUCGAUAGGAUUUUUAAAAAUUUGGAAGUGGUGCCACUGUUCGGAGACAUGCAGAUUGCACCGUUUAAUUACAUCAAGAGAAGCAAACAUUUUGAUCCGAGCAAGUGGCCGUUGUCCAGUUCGCAGGCUAUCAGUCCGCAGGCUGAUUUGAUGGUGCAUUUACCCACGAUUCGGGAGGAUCAUGUGAAAUACAUUUCGGAGCUUUCGCGGUACAGCAAUGAGGUUACGACCACUUAUAAGGACAAUGCCACCGACGCGGAGAACAAAGCUACAGCCGAUUUGGCUUUACGAGGCCUACAGCUACUGGCCGAGUGGACAUCGGUAGUAACGGAGCUGUACUCGUGGAAGCUUCUGCAUCCGACAGAUCACCAUCAAAACAAAGAUUGUCCAGUUGAAGCAGAAGAAUAUGAGCGAGCCACACGUUAUAAUUAUUCGGACGAUGAGAAGUUUGCGCUGAUUGAGGUGAUUGCCAUGAUUAAAGGUCUCCAGGUGCUAAUGGCUCGAAUCGAAACAGUUCUUUGCGAGGCGAUUCGUCGCAGUAUUUACGCCGAACUGCAGGAUUUUGUGCAGUUGAUAUUGCGUGAGCCGCUACGAAAGGCAGUGAAAAAUAAGAAGGAUCUUAUCCGGUCGAUCAUAAUGUCGGUCCGGGAGACCUCAGCUGACUGGCAGAAGGGAACGGAACCGGCGCACGAUCCCGUGAUUAAAGGAAAGAAGGAUCCUGAUGGUGGAUUUCAGAUCAAUGUUCCACGGCUGAAUGUGGGCCCAUCAUCCACACAGUUGUACAUGGUGAGGACGAUGCUGGAGUCGUUGAUAGCGGAUAAAUCAGGCGGGAAGCGAACCCUCCGGAAGGAUAUCGACGGUUCUUGUCUGUUGCAAAUUGACGCAUUUCAUAAGCUGUCAUUUUAUUGGACGUAUUUGCUGAGCUUCAGUGAGACAUUGCAAAAGUGCUGCGAUUUGUCGCAGCUUUGGUAUCGAGAGUUUUAUCUGGAAAUGACUAUGGGUCGUAAAGUUAAUAAAUGUCUCGUUCGCCAUCAACACAACGAGGAAUGCAACGACCUCAUCACAAUGGAGAAACGUAUUCAAUUUCCAAUCGAAAUGUCCAUGCCGUGGAUUUUAACGGAUCACAUUCUUCGUACUAAGGAACCUUCGAUGAUGGAAUACGUGCUGUAUCCACUGGAUUUGUACAAUGAUUCCGCUUUGUAUGCAUUAACCAUAUUCCGAAAGCAGUUUUUGUACGAUGAAGUAGAGGCGGAAGUUAAUCUAUGCUUUGACCAGUUCGUGUAUAAGCUGAGCGAGCAAGUUUUUGCUCACUACAAACAGUUGGCCGGCAGCAUCUAUCUGGACAAACGUUUUCGCGUUGAGUGUGAAGUUCUUGGCUUCAACUUUCAGUCUCAUCCAAAGAACAAUCGCUAUGAAACAUUGCUGAAACAACGACACGUGCAAUUGCUGGGCCGAUCUAUCGAUCUAAACAAACUGAUUACUCAGAGAAUUAAUGCGGAUAUGCAGAAAAGUUUGGAGCUGGCGAUUUGUCGCUUUGAAGCCAGUGAUAUCACCGGGGUCGUUGAGUUGGAAGCUCUGCUGGCAGUUAACAAACUCUGUCACAAAUUGUUGUCCCGAUUCCUUGCGCUGGAUGAUUUCGAUGCAAUGCUGAAGGAGGCAAACCACAACGUACUUGCCCCGUACGGACGAGUUACAUUGCACGUGUUUGUCGAAUUAAAUUACGAUUUUCUAUCGAACUACUGUUACAACGCCGCCACAAAUCGGUUCGUGCGCAAUAAGUUACAAAUUCCAUUUUCGGGAGCCAUCACUCGCGAGAAAGCUCCCGUCAUGUCGCACUACUACCUGUGGGGUUCAAAGCCCCUGAAUGCUGCUUUCUCCACCCAGUACGGCCAGUACACGGGAUUCGUAGGUUCAUCCCAUUUCCACGCAAUUUGUCGCCUUCUCGGGUACCAAGGAAUCGCUGUCGUUAUGGAUAUUAUUCUAAAAGACAUCGUAAAACCAUUGAUCCAAGGUAAUCUACUUCAGUUCACGAAAACACUGAUGUCCGCUAUGCCAAAAUCAUGUAAACUGCCCCGCUGCGAUUAUGGUUCACCGGGAGUGCUAAGCUACUAUCAGGCGCAUCUUGUGGACAUUGUACAGUAUCCGGAUGCGAAAACCGAACUGUUUCAACUGUUUCGUGAAAUGGGAAACUCACUUCUGUUCUGUCUGUUGAUUGAGCAGGCCUUGUCCCAGGAGGAGGUGUGUGAUCUGUUGCACGCAGCACCCUUUCAGAAUAUACUGCCCCGUCCGUACUGUAAGGAGGGCGAGAAGCCGGAAACGAAACAGAAGCGGCUGGAAACGAAGUAUGCUUCGCUGCAGAUUGUGCCGAACAUUGAGAAGCUGGGAACCGCUAAGCAAACAAUGAUAGCUAGAGAGGGAGAUCUUCUGACCCGCGAACGACUCUGCUGUGGCCUCAGCAUAUUCGAAGUUAUCCUCGGUCGGGUAAAGUCCUUCCUCGACGAUCCAGUUUGGGCUGGCCCACCACCAGUGAACGGCGUAAUGCACAUUGACGAGUGUUCCGAGUUCCAUCGACUUUGGUCGGCGCUACAGUUCGUGUACUGUAUACCGGUGGCUGGAACGGAGUACACCGUAGAAGAACUUUUCGGCGAAGGUCUCCACUGGGCUGGAUGUGCAAUUAUUGUUCUGUUGAAUCAACAGAGAAAGUUCGAGGCUCUGGAUUUCUGCUAUCACAUUCUACGAGUGCAGCGUGUCGAUGGAAAGGAUGAUACCGUUAAGGGAAUCAAUCUAAAACGCAUGGUCGACCGCAUCCGUCGCUUCCAGGUGCUGAACUCACAGAUCUUCGCAGUGUUGAACAAGUAUCUGAAGAGCAACGACGUCGAAGGUUCCAAUGUGGAACAUGUACGUUGUUUCCCUCCUCCACCACACCCCACGGUAGUUCCGUCACACUACCACGACCCGAACAAAUUACGAUCGCAGUAAAUUUUGCCUUCUAUUUGUUGUAAUAUUUAGUAGCGGGCCUCACAUCAAACGUAUAAUAUUGAUAUGUUGUAUUUAUCAUAUAUUUUUGCUUUGCAUUUGGCUCAACGAGUCUUAAGGAUUUAUGUUAGGAUGUAUUUUUAAAGAUAUUUAUUCUGUUCCAAUGAUUACGAUUUAUAUGUUCGUCAAAGCGUAUGUAUUACGAGAAAAGUCUGUUUUAGUUUCGAUUUACAUUGUUUCGCUUUUGCGAAGCAGUAUAUAAAAAUUAUUUGAAAAUAUAGGCAAACUAGAGUUAUUAAAAGAUUGCAUUAUAUGAGCUUUCUAAAAGCAUAUUAGCAUAUUAAUCUGCGCAGAUACAUCGCAACCGAUUCGUUAGCGGAGUCAUCAUCAAAGCGGUUAUAUCAAAUGAACUACCCAAAAAUAAAUAAAAAGAGAAUAUAAUGCAUUUUCUACUGUGUAAUAUCUUGUCUGUAUUGAAAAUUACUUCAUCGGCCAUCGAUUCUUUCCUUAGUCAUCCCUAGAUAUGUUCCAACUAAUUAUCUACUGGCUAUUAUAUUCGCAACUCAGUCACAUAUAGACAGGAACUUUCCUAGAACAAGAAUCGAACAUGCGAUUAGGGGCAGUUUACACUUAUGUCAUAUUCUUGUCAGAAUUACAGAAAAAUGAACACCUAAGAUCAUCCUAUAUCAUUUAUCAAUUUCGGAAAAGUUAAUGAAAGUGGCUGCUAGAACAGUUGAAGCUAUUAUUUUAUACAAAGCAUUAUUUAUUAUUCGAUUGGUCUGUUUGUGUACAAUGCUCCUGCGUUAUCAAAGCGACUGGCAUGCUUCCACUCUAUGGAUUACAUAAUAACGGAUGGUUCUAAUUCCUGUACUAGUGCUGCAUCCGUAUAAGAAACGAUGACAUUGAAAAUCAUACACAAUUUAUACACCAUAUAUUUCAUAAAAUAAACCUAAACAGUGAUUAAAAUUAAAA